UUAAUUAAAUUUUUAUGUUGAAUAAAUUGAUCAUUCAGUUGAAAUGACUGACUAAGGAGUAGCACUGGCGCCAUCUACGUUGCUUAACGUCUUGCUUUGCUUUGUAGAAGUGUGGUACACAUGCGGGUUUUUUUUGCAGUUGCAAUGAAGGUUAUUUAAGCUGAAGGUACUUCACGAUAGAUAUGUCACUACACGGGUUAACCGCGCCCACCUGUUGACUUCACUGCUCUGACUAGCCCAGUAACUGCACACGCAUGGCUUUAAAACCGUGUCUUUGUGUGUUAGCCUAAGUUAGCCGACGCUUUCCCUUGCGCUUGGAGCGAUAAGACAAACAGGACAACCAUGGAGAAAGUGGAGCAGUUUCUUCGGGGAGUGGAGCUGGAUAACCGGACAGCGGCACUUAUAACGGCUGCUGCAUGCGGUGUGGGAGCUCUGGUGCUGAUGGUCCGGAAGGUCACCAGCCAUCGAGAGGCAAAUGAUAAGAUCCAGAGAGCCAGGAACCGGAGGACCGAGAGCCUACAGCGGGCAGAGCAGGCUGUGCUCCGGCACAAGGAGUCGCAUCCAACAACUGACUCUGCUGCUAUCUUGAAACUGUCCCUCUCUGAGUUAACAAAGCAACUGCGGGAAGGCUUGCUGAACCCUGAGGAUGUGUUUUACUCUUACAUGGAAAAGACUCUGGAUGUACACAAACAGCUCAACUGCUGCACAGGGAUUUUGUUGGAAAGUUUCGACCAGCUAAAAACUAUUGCCUCCAACAAGGAUGGUCUCUUGUAUGGAGUUCCAAUUAGUAUCAAAGAAAAUAUUGCAUACAAGAAUCAUGACUCUUCGUGUGGUGUGCUCAUUAAUCUGGACCAGCCUGUCCACAAGGACAGCGUGCUUGUUGAGGUUCUGAAGAGACAAGGAGCUAUUCCCUUUGUGAAAACCAACUUACCUCAAGGCUUGUUAAAUUAUGACUGCAGUAACCCAAUUUAUGGGCAGACCGUGAACCCCCAUAAUCUCCAGAAGACCUCUGGAGGUUCGUCCGGUGGGGAGGGGGCUCUCAUUGGUGGAGGAGGCUCUCUGCUUGGUUUAGGAAGUGAUAUAGGGGGCAGCAUCCGUAUUCCUGCCUCUUUCUGCGGGAUCUGUGGCUUCAAGCCAACGGCGGGUCGGCUCAGUUCACAGGGUGUGAGGCCCAUUUAUCGAGGGCAAAAGUCAGUGCUGUCAUCUGCUGGACCCAUGGCGAAGGAUGUGGAGAGUCUGGCUCUGUGUAUGCAGGCUCUGCUGUGUGACCACAUGUUUUCCCUGGACCCCACUGUUCCACCUAUACCUUUCAAUGUGCAGAUAUACCAGAGCUCCAAACCCCUGAGGAUCGGUUACGUUGAAAGCGAUGGCUACAUGCAGCCGUCUCCAAGCAUGGCCCGAGGCAUCAGAGAAGUCAAAGCACUGUUAGAGCAAGCAGGCCACACUCUAGUGCCCUACAGUCCUCUGAGGAUGGAUUACGUUGCCACUGAGCUGUUGGUAAAGGGUAUCCUCGCAGACGGAACUACCACCCUGCUACAAAAACUGGAGGGAGGCCCUCUGGACCCCUGUCUCAGAGCACAGGUUAUCCCUUACUAUCUUCCGACGUGGUUGAAGAGAACCCUCUCAUUCCUCCUAAAGCCCCUGUCUCCUCGUGGUUCUGCCGUCUUCAAUGCUAUCAGUGGAGUUAGAUCUGUUUCAGAUCUGUGGAAGCAGCAUGCUGCUGUCGAGGACUACAUUCAAGAAACAAUAGCUGAUUGGAAAAGAUGCAACAUAGACGUGCUGCUGUGCCCUGUGAUCGGACCAGCCUACAACUUCUUAUACUGCGGCAAGGUUACCCCCAUUCUUUCGUACACGAUGCUUUACAAUCUCCUCACCUUUCCUGCCGGUGUAGUUCACGUUUCCACGGUGACAGCAGAGGAUGAGGAGGAACUCAAGCACUAUAAAGGCAUUCAUCAAGACCACUGGGACAAGCUCUUCAAACAGGCUGUGUCUGGAGGCGAGGGUCUGCCUGUGGCUGUGCAGUGUGUCGCCCUGCCGUGGCAGGAUGAGCUCUGCCUGCGCUUCAUGAAGGAGGUGGAACAACUGGUCAAACAGAGCAGAGAUUAAACCGAGGGGCCACAGGUAGAGCGACAAACCUCUGUGACUUCAGGUUAAAUUUGCUUUGAGUACAGCAAGUGUAUUGUUUGUGAAAACACAAACAAUGAAAUAUGAGUAAAAGUUAAAACAAUUAAUAUUGUUUUAGAAAGAAACGGUAGUUGAAGAUUUUUAAAUCUGUAAUAAUUUGAGUUUCACUCUCCUAUUUAUCUAUUUAGUAUUUUCUGCUCUUUUUUUGAUCAUAAUAAAGAUCGACUAAAGGUUUACUGUUAAACUCAAACAAUAGUCAGGUUCAUUGGUACUUUUCUGCUUGUGUUUGACUUGGUCAUUGACGAACCUCAGGAUUUUAACAAAUCAUUUAAUUUAUAUCGUGCUUGUAAGCGCUUACGAGUCUAACUGACACUCACAGUUAUAAUUGUACGAUCUGUAGAUCAUAGAUCUAUAAUCUAUUCUGUUUUGCCACCACUGGUAUUGUUUAACAUUUAAUGUCAUACAGCAUGAACAGGAACUACAAUCCAUGAGCAAACUGAAUUCACAUUGGGCAAAGAAGCACUCCGACCACAUGCAAAGAUGUUUAAAAUAAGAAUUUAUAAUGAAUGCAGAAAAUAAUAUUUUCUUGUCAAUCAUGUCUGACUCUUUUUACAAGAACUGGCAGCCUAUUAUUUUACAAUGUCUGAGAGAAAUCAGUUACUUCGUUUUAUUCUCAGAGGAGCCAGUUUAGUUUUCAAAUGUUGGAAAUCAGCAAUAACAUACUGUGCAGGCAAGAUAUAAUCCACUGUUCCUCCACUGCUUAUCUGUGUCAGUCAUUACUCAGGAUCAUUUUUUUUUUUUAACAUGUUGUUUUUGAUCUGAUAUUUGCAGCUUUUCAAACCUGUACAUUAAAUCAUUUUAUGUAGUUUAAUAUUUAAUAAACUAACUUCAUAUAAUGUGCUGCACCCAGCAGCUGUGA